AUGAAAGAAUCAAAAUCUGCCAAUUUCACUCAGGAGGAUUUAUCCUUUAUUCCUCCCAGCAUUGACUCCGCCAGUCUUCUUUCAGGCGAUUCCUACGCCUACUAUACGCCUGUUCCUGCGGCCAUCACUCCCCAUGGCACCAAAUCAGAUACCGGAGAUCUUCUAGAAAGCACACCAUGUGUACUAGGUGUCGAUGAAGCAGGUCGAGGUCCAGUCCUUGGACCAAUGGUGUACGGAGCUUUCUACCUACCACUAGACCUACACCAUUCCCUCCUAGCUGAGGAGCACAGCUUCGACGAUAGCAAAGUCCUUACUCCAGGCGUGCGAGCCAACUUAAUGCGAUUAAUCAACACACCGGGUCAGAAGUUAUUCGAGUCCUGCGGAUACGCGAUCAAGGCUUUAUCGGCGAGAGACAUUUCCUCCGGAAUGAUGAGAACAGGCAGUGCGGUGUACAACCUAAAUGCACAGGCCAUGGAUGCGACGAUUGAGAUUAUUCGAGGAGUUGUGCGUGAUCGCUCGGUUGAUGUAAGAGAGGUUUAUAUCGAUACCAUUGGAAAUCCUGCUACAUACCAACAAAAGCUUGAGCGUAUCUUCCCUACGCUCAAGAUUACUGUCGCGAAAAAGGCAGACUCUUUAUACCCUUGUGUCAGUGCUGCUAGUGUCGCUGCGAAGGUCACCCGUGAUGUCGCCCUUGAGGUCCUCUACGAGGCUGUGCUCCGUUCGAAGCAGUCGGAUGAUGCAUCAGAGACACCUGAGACAUGGGGCAGUGGCUACCCGUCAGAUUCUAAGUGUGUCGGCUGGCUCCGACAGAACAUGGAUCCGGUUUUCGGAUGGGGGAAUGAGUGCCGAUUUAGUUGGGGUACGGCGAAAGAGAUGCUGGAGACAAAGGGUGGUGCCCGAGUUGACUGGCCAGAAGAUGAUGAUGAGGAUGGAAAUGGUCGUCUUGAUCAACUCUUCACAUCUGGAUCUGGGAAAGCAUCUGGUCAAGAUGGACUACGAAAUUGGUACGGAAACAGGAAAGUUGAGAUUAUAUGA